AUGUCAAUAUUUUCUUUGGAAUUCCAACUUGCCCACUUCACUUUCCAAUCAACCAAGUUCGUAACUGUACGGUCUUCUGGAAGUUUGAUCAACCACAGCAAGAUAUUCCACCGCACCGUGCUCGCCUCUGACGAAGACAGCCACACGCCAUCCGUUCAAUACUACGCCAUAGUCGUCGCAAGACCACGAAGCCAUCGCUAUGGCGCGAUCCCAAAGGUUUCCUUUCCUAAGCCUGCCGCCGGAAAUUCGCAACACUAUCGUGAGGUUCUGCACAAGAAGGUGGCCAUCAAGAUCCUCGAACAGCCAGCCCUUCUUCUCACAAACAAGCAAAUUCGGGACGAAGCGUUACUCAUUCACUACAUGCAGAAAUUCGUGGACAACCAGAACGCGAGUAUCAUGGCACUGAUCCGAUGCGUGACCAUCCGAAUUUGCCACCGAAAGGCGGCAUUGUUUGAGGGGGUGGCGAGGUGA